UUUGGACGGCUGCUUCAUUCCAAAAUCAGAACAGCAAAGAAGAGAAGGGGUGGGGAAAAUUUUGCAGCAGAGAAGAAACAUAAUCCAAAUCUAAUUCGCUGUAUCAAUGGAACACGGAUCAUUCAACGAUCCUUCACAAGGGACGUUCUCGAUGACGGAUGAAGACCACACGCUAGCAAAUUCAAUAAGAUUUACUCUUAAUCAAGAUCCAAGAGUAACAUUUUGUGGUUACAGCAUACCACAUCCUUCUGAUGCUCGGGUCAACAUAAGAAUACAGACGACUGGUGACCCAGCACGUGAGGUAUUGAAAGAUUCUUGCCAGGAUCAAAUGCUUGUAUGCCAGCAUGUUAGAAGCACCUUUGAUCAAGCUGUAAUGGAGUUCAAGAGCAAGAAAGCACUGAAAUCCUUGGAAUCCAUGGACAUUAAAUCAUAACAGACUUUUUUUUCUUUUUUUUUUUGUGAUGAGAGAACUUAUUUUUCGGGUGCCAUGAGACAGUUUUAUCAGUUAGUCAGUUAUGCUAUUAGAAAAACAUUUCACAGUGUCAUAUUAAAGCUUGCCACCUGAAUUAGUAAAAACACUUGUGUCAUACAUCUGAAUUCAUCAACACUUUAUUAAUUAGACAGUGAUACUAUGAGAAUGUGGCAGGUCAUGCUCAAUGAUCAUAAAUUUUCAUCUU